AUGAUGUUAAAGGCAGUCUCCCUCUUCCUCUGCGUCUCGGCGCUCCUCGCCUCCACCUCGGCCCUAACCAUCAGCGAAAUCAAUGGAAACCGCUACCUCUCGGCCUACGCAGACCAAACAGUCACCAACAUCCAAGGCCUGGUAACAGCCAAAAGCACCGCAGGCUUCUACCUGCGCUCCACAGCCCCAGACCACGACGACGCCACCUCGGAAUCAAUCUAUGUUUAUGGCAGCGCCGGCGCCCGCAAUGUCUCCGUCGGCGAUAUCAUCACCCUGUCGGGCAAGGUAGCGGAGUACCGCUCCUCGCCGUCGUACGUGUAUCAAACGGAACUCACCUCGGCAUCAGCCAUCACCGUCAUCUCAAGCGGCAAUGAGGUCGUGCCGCUGGUGCUCGGGAAGGGUGGGAAGGGUAGCCGGACCCCGCCCACCAAGCAGUUCUCCGCUCUGGAUGGGGGGGAUGUGCUGUCUGUGCCGAACAAUGUGAGUCUGAUUAGCAGGGAGAAUCCGAAGUUGAACCCUGGAAAGUUCGGGAUGGAUUUUUGGGAGAGUCUGAGUGGCGAGUUGGUCAGGAUGGAGAAUGUGAGGGCCAUUGCGAAGCCGAAUACUUAUGGCGAUACGUGGGUGCUUGGAGAUUGGAAGGUUAGUGGGGAGAAUGAGAGGGGUGGGUUGACCAUGACAAAUAAGGAUUCGAACCCCGAGGCUGUCCUCGUUGGGUCUCCGCUGGAUGGCAGUAAGAAUCCUAAGGAUACCAAGCUGGGGGAUGCAAUUGGCGACAUCACCGGCAUCAUCACGGCGGCGUACGGCGCUCUGACGUUUGGCGUGUACAAUGUCAACAACCUCGCUCCUAGCUCGAAGACGCUGCCCAAGAUUGCCCAGCACAUUGUGCAGUAUCUGAAGAGUCCAACGCUGGUUUUUCUGCAGGAAAUUCAGGAUGAUGACGGGCCGACUAAUGACGGCGUGGUAUCCGCCAACAAGACUCUCUCGACCCUCGUGCAGGCCAUCACCAACCAAGGCGGCGCCAACUACUCCUUCAUCGAUAUUGACCCGAUCAACAAGCAGGACGGCGGCCAACCAGGCGGUAACAUCCGCGUCAGCUACCUGUACGACCCCUCUGUGAUUCGCCUGCGCAACGCCAAUCCCGGCUCCAACACCGACGCCAACGAGGUCCUCGCUGGCCCCGAACUCAAGUACAACCCCGGCCUGAUCGACCCGUCCAAUGACGCCUGGCACGACAGCCGCAAACCGCUGGCCGCAGCCUGGGAAACGCUCGACGGCAAGAACAAGUUCUUCACGGUGAAUGUGCAUUUUAUGAGUAAGGGAGGUGGGUCGUCGAUCGAGGGCGAUGCCCGCCCGCCGGUGAACGGGGGCGUUGCCACGCGUGAGGCGCAGGCGAAGCUCGUUGCUGACUUUACAUCGUCCAUCCUGGCCCAAGACCACAAAGCCAAGAUCAUCGCCUCGGGCGACUUCAACGAAUUCACCUUUGCGCAGCCGUUGGAAACAUUCCUGCAUGAAUCCGGUCUUAAGGAUCUCGAAGAGGUAGCUAACAUUAAGCCCACGGAGCGGUACACUUAUCUUUUUGAUAUGAACUGCCAACAGCUGGACCACAUGUUUGUGAGCUCGGAGCUGGCAAAAAAGGCCAAGAUGCAACACCUGCAUAUCAACACCUGGGUGUCGUACGAUGACCAGGCGAGCGACCAUGAUCCUACGGUGGCGUUGCUGAAUGUGUGUAUCGUAUAUGGACGAGAUGUGUGUCCAGAUGCGCCGGGUGAUCUAGUGGUGCAGGAUGAGUACUUGGGCUGGAUGCCAGAGAAGCGUCCGGAUGAGUUGAUUGACGAUUAUGGUGUAACAUUUGACCGUCUUGUCCCAGCUGUCGACACCAACCCUGAGGUGUUACAGAUUAGUAUUAUUGAGAUUGAGGAUGAUCAUGGUGUUUAUGCAAACACAUGGCUUUUAUUUGCAGUCGAUGCGGGUCUGUCAAGCGGCUUCCGUGGGGAACAAUUUUCCUCGGCUGGUCUUGCGCAUGGUGCUUCGGCGCCUGCGCAGAAAGGCUUCGUACAAAUCAUGAUCAUCGCCACUUAUUCGGACGAACUAGAUGCAUUGGCAAAUAUUCCGGCAGAUUUUGCCUAG